CCAAUCCAAUCCAAACUAACCAGAUCUUGCUACAGAUGCUACAGUCCAGCGACAAUGAUGAUGACAGUCAAAUCGACGAGCAGGCUAUCUUGGAAACUGCUAUAGAGGCCGGAGCCGAGGAAAACAGAGAUGCUUUACAGGAUAGCAGUCUUGACCAGACCUUUUUUGAAGAAAAGGACAAGUUUCUAAGAUAUAUCCGCACUCUGUGGUCUAUGGCCGACAAGGCAAUGGCUGACGAUCCGCUGGGAACUGUUGGAUAUGUGUGGUCUGCUGUUUUGGAAAACAAAAUAUAUCGCAUGAUGAUGAUUAUUGACAAGUAUCAGGAAAUGCCCCAGUUGCUUGAUCCCCAUUUGGAAGAAAUUCUCACUCCUAUUAUAUCCAGGCUUCUUGCUGGCAUAAAGUCAUUUCAUACUCAUCCAAAGGCUGCUCAGAUUCUACAAAUCCAACAAUGGCGUCCCUUCUUCAUGAUUAUAUGUCAUUUGGCAAAGGCUCGUGGCCGCAAGAUUAUCAUGAACUAUUUUACUCAUGAAGUUGCCGAUCUUGAGCCAUGUAUAGCCUUUCUCAAUUUCUUGAAAUCUGAUACCGAUCUUGUUCGUCAUUGGCAUGCGCGCUAUGUUUUAUUGCUGUGGAUUUCUCUCAUUGCAAUGAUACCGUUUGAUCUGAUCCGUGUGGACAGUGGUCAAAAAGAUGGAAGAAAACUUGUAGAUUGCAUGCUUGAUCUGGGAAAGAGCUUUCUUGAUGCACCUGGUAAAGAACACGAGGGUGCAUCCAUUCUUAUCAUGCGUAUUCUUUCUCGCAAAGACACAUCCCAAACCCAUCUUCUUCCGUUUAUCGAAGAGGCAUUUGAGUCGCUAGGCAACACAGAGGACAUCUUCAAAGUUAGAGGUAAUGUGGCUACACUUUGUUGUAUUUACAAAUAUGGUCCUCGCCAGCUUUUACUGGAAACUGUACGCCACGUUCAUUCAUGCAGUCGGCUCAUGUCGGAUCCUCGCAUUCAACAAAACUCUCUUAUGCGCAAACAGGUUGUGAAGCUUGCUCAGCGUAUCGCCUUGUGUGCCAUUAAACCUCGUAUUGCCAGCUGGCGGUAUCAACGUGGAUCAAGAUCACUCGCUGAGAAUCUAGCUGCCACGUCUGCUGGUUCAAGUGUUGAAACCAACCAAUCAAAAAUGCGUACAGAAAUACCAUGCACCCUAAAGCCUCUCGACGAAGAUGAUUUUGAUGAAAUCCCUGACGAAAUGGAGGAUAUUAUCAAUAUUCUGUUGGAUGGUUUGCGGGACAAGGAUACAAUUGUGCGUUGGACCUCUGCGAAGGGUGUAGGCCGGAUCACCAAUCGUCUCAAUCAUGAAUUGGCUGAUGAGAUUGUUGGCUCCGUUAUAGAUAGCCUUGCAGAAGACACGAUACUUGUAAAUGGAUCGCCUCGCACAGCUAAAGUUGAUAGUGUUUCCGACUCUUCUUGGCACGGAGCAAGCCUUGCUCUUGCAGAACUUAUCCGCCGCGGCUUGCUUCUCCCCGAGCGUUUAAAAGAGUGUAUUCCAUGGAUUAUGCGUGGAUUGACUUUUGAGCAACGAAAAGGAACGCAUUCUAUUGGUGCUCAUGUGCGAGAUGCUGCCUGCUAUGUAUGCUGGUCCUUGGCUCGUGCCUAUGCACCUGAAGUGCUUGAGCCUUAUGCGCUUGAGCUUGCCCAAUGCCUGAUUGUGACGGCUGUAACCGAUCGCGAGGUAAAUAUUCGUCGUGCCAGUGCUGCCGCUUUUCAAGAGAAUGUGGGUCGUCACGGCUUAUUUCCUCAUGGUAUAGCCAUUGUGGGUAUCGCCGAUUAUUUUAACUUGGGUGUCCGUGCUCAUGUUUACACUGAUAUUAUCCCUACCAUUGCAAGUUUUUCGGAAUAUGCCGAGCCAAUCAUGAAUCAUCUUGUCAGCAGCUUGCAGCGUCAUUGGGACAAGCACGUACGUGUUUUGGCUGCCAAAUCUCUUGGUAUUCUAACCAAAACUCAAUCGGACUAUAUCACUGAGACUGUACUUCCCAUCACGAUCAGUAGGAUUGGUUCUGACGAACUAGAAUUGCGUCAUGCGUCACUGAUGUCUUGUGCUGAAAUUCUGAAAACUCUUUUCAUGAAUAAUGGUACUUGGUCUGCUGACCAUCUUGAGCAUUUUAUCAAGCCUGCAUUCAUGUCCAUCGAGUCUUUUCAUCCAAAACAUACUGAAUCAUUUGGAUCUGAUCUCACUCGCACCGGAGCAGCAUUUUUAAUGGAAGUUCUUGCAUCCACUGAUGCACUUGGCUCUCUUUCCAAAUGCGGGAUUGCGAAAUUUGAUAGCGUUUUGGAUACAUGGUGGACUCUUUUAGACUCUUCCAUUGAUCGAAGUGAAGAACAGCUACAAGAAAACACUGCUAAAUCUAUUUGUUGUUUGGCAGAGUCUGUUGGCUUAUCCGAUGCCUGGUUUAAGGCAUUUACUCAGGGACUGGAUUAUACUGCUCCUCCUGCUCGACGACGCGGAUGUGCCCUUGUGUUUGGAUUUGCUUCGCUGACUAUUUUGUCUUUGCGCAUUGAGAGUAUUAUUCAAUCUUUGGCUAAAGCAACUCAGAUUCAUCAAGAACAAGUAUACAAUGAUGCAGGAACGAGGCGUAAUGCAGUACAUUCCAUUACCGCUAUUAUUCAGACGUAUGGCUGCAAACUUUUGACUGAUUUUCCUGCUGGAUGUCUUGAUUUGGUUGUUUCUACGCUGCUAAAAUGCACAGAGGACUAUUCAACCGAUUCGAGAGGUGACGUUGGUUCUUGGGUUCGGGAGGCUUCUGUAAAAGGUAUAUCUGCUCUUCUUCCACUAGUUGCAUCGAUUGAAGCAAAAAUCGGCGGCAGUGCUUCAUUAUCCAAGUCGGUGAUUGAUGCAGCAACAAGACAAAAAAUGAUUGCCGCUGUGGUUUUACAAUCUGUUGAAAAGAUUGAUCGUGUCAGAAGUACAGCGGGUGUAGCUCUGCAUGCUCUUGCGUGGGAGUAUCCAGAACUAGAGUUUCCCUAUCAAAAAGAGGUUCGAUUGGUUAUUCCACAAGAUACGGAUAUUCAUUGGCUCAAUCCACGUGAAGUAUAUCCAAUGAUGGUGAAGAUGAUGCAUGUGGAAGCAUACAGGAGUUUUGUGCUGUUGGGAAUUGUUACCAGCAUUGGUGGAUUAACUGAAAGUCUUGUUCGAAGUGCUAGUUCUAGCCUAAUGGAGUUUGUUUUGCAACUUCCUGUUUCACUCAACGACAGUAUGUCGCCAUUGAAACUUGAAGAUGUAUUGGAUGCGUUUACUGAUUUGCUCAAGUCAUAUCAGCGCGAUGAUCGUGUAUCUAUUCCCAUUCUCGAAGUGUUGGAUCUUCUUCUCACUAGCAGAACGCUUACCUCUGUUCACACCAUGCAGGUUGUUGCAUUGUACAACCUGACCAAAUCCGAGGUUUUCAAGUCCAAAAACGUACGAAAACUGACAGUGGGGAUUAAAGUGUUUGCGGGAUUUGCAGGACUGACAGGCGAUCAUGGAAUCGAUGAGAUGCCAGAAAUUGCUGCAGUACAGAAAAAAGCCUUGAAGCAACUUAUGCUGUACUUGGCGCAUCCGUACCCCAAAGUUCGCCGAGCCGUAUCCGAGGCAUUGUAUCUUGUUGUAAGCACUGGACUUUCUGGUAUUGGAAUUAGUGACGAGGCUUUGGAAGCUACUGAAGAUGUUUUACUAUCUACAGAUUGGGAUAUUGGAUCACCUGCUGAACUAAAGGCUUUGAGAGCAAAAGUUGAAGCAAGCUUGGCUUACUAAAUGUUAUUUGUUUCGGCACUACAUGUUCAACUAGCGAAACCAAGUAUCAACUAAAAGUUUUUACGAGUUCUCAAAUACUGAAACUGGCAUGUGAUGGUAUACAUGCGGAUAUUCCAUUAAAAAUUAAGAAACUUGAUCGAAUGGUAGUGAUGAUAAAAUAACCAAUGAAUUCAUUAACAUACUCCUGUCU